AUGGGGGAGAAACCCGGGACCAGGGUCUUCAAGAAGUCGAGUCCUAACUGCAAGCUCACCGUGUACCUGGGCAAGCGGGACUUUGUGGACCACCUGGACAAAGUGGAUCCUGUAGAUGGCGUGGUGCUAGUGGACCCGGACUACUUGAAGGACCGCAAAGUGUUUGUGACCCUCACCUGCGCCUUCCGCUAUGGCCGCGAAGACCUGGACGUGCUGGGCUUGUCCUUCCGCAAAGACCUGUUCAUCGCCAACUACCAGGCCUUCCCCCCAACGCCCAACCCACCCCGGCCCCCUACCCGCCUGCAGGAGCGGCUGCUGAGGAAGCUGGGCCAGCAUGCCCACCCCUUUUUUUUCACAAUACCCCAGAACUUGCCCUGCUCCGUCACCCUGCAGCCGGGCCCGGAGGACACCGGGAAGGCCUGCGGGGUAGACUUUGAGAUUCGAGCCUUCUGCGCCAAAUCACUAGAAGAGAAAAGCCACAAACGGAACUCUGUGCGUCUGGUGAUCCGAAAGGUGCAGUUUGCCCCAGAGAAACCCGGCCCCCAGCCUUCAGCUGAAACCACACGCCACUUCCUCAUGUCUGACCGGUCCCUGCACCUUGAGGCUUCACUGGACAAGGAGCUGUACUACCAUGGAGAGCCCCUCAAUGUCAAUGUCCACGUCACCAAUAACUCCACCAAGACUGUCAAGAAGAUCAAAGUCUCUGUGAGACAGUAUGCCGACAUCUGCCUCUUCAGCACCGCCCAGUACAAGUGCCCCGUGGCUCAGGUCGAACAAGAUGACCAGGUGUCGCCCAGUUCCACCUUCUGUAAGGUGUACACCAUAACGCCCCUGCUCAGCAACAACCGGGAGAAGCGCGGCCUCGCCCUGGACGGGAAGCUCAAGCACGAGGACACCAACCUGGCAUCCAGCACCAUCGUAAAGGAGGGUGCCAAUAAGGAAGUGCUGGGGAUCCUGGUGUCCUACAGGGUCAAGGUGAAGUUGGUGGUGUCUCGAGGCGGGGACGUCUCAGUGGAGCUGCCUUUUGUUCUCAUGCACCCCAAGCCCCAUGAUCACAUCGCCCUUCCCAGGCCCCAGUCAGCUGCUCCUGAAACAGAUGCCCCUGUGGACACCAACCUCAUUGAAUUCGAUACCAACUAUGCCACAGACGACGACAUUGUGUUUGAGGACUUUGCCCGGCUGCGGCUCAAGGGGCUGAAGGACGAGGACUACGACGACCAGUUCUGCUAG